UUUCGCUUUCUCUUUUCUUUCAACUCCAUUUUUACUAAGAGCUCAAUCUCUUUGUAGCUAUAAAUCCAAAAUGAGGAGACCCUCCGAUUUCUAGCUCCCGAAUUCCCACUUUCCUCCCUCACCGUUCUUCCCCGCCGGCUAGAUUUCCGUUAAUCGGAAGCUUUUUCUCACCCUGACAUAACAUGGCCGGAGAGUUCGAGACCUCAGUCGCAUACGGGCUCAAGCUGUCCAAGCGAAUCUACUACGGCAAACAAUCUGCCGCCGCGGCGCCGGCGGCACCAACUCCGCCGGAGAUGGUGCGGCAGAUGUCCAGGAGGUCGUCCACCGGCGGCGGAAGCGACCAGCAGAUCAGCUACUUGCCGACAGCGGUCACUGUUUACGCGAUGGUGUCGGAGCCGGAGGCAGUGGACAAUCCCGACGUGCCCAGCUACCAGCCGUACGUGCACGGCCGGUGCGAUCCGCCGGCGCUGAUACCGCUCCACAUGUACGGGGCGGAAUUGGAGGUGGACUGCUGCUUGGACCACGCGCGCGUCGGAUUCGCGGGACGGUGGCGCGUGCACUGCGUCAAGACCGGGCGGACCUGCGACUGCCGCGUGGCGGUUCCGAUGGGCGAGAAGGGUACAAUUCUGAGUGUAGAGGUUGGAGUAACGGGAAGGUUGUACCAUAGCCGAUUGAUGACGGCGGAUGAUGCAGACGAGUUGUCGAAAGCAAGCAAAGCAGUUGGCGGAGAUGGGCGAUACUUGAAAGGCAACGUCUACACUUUCAGAAUUCCACAGAUUGCAGGGGGUUCUAUGAUAUCAGUAAAAGUGAGCUGGUCGCAGAAGUUGGUAUAUGGAGGGGGUCAAUUCAGCCUUGACGUGCCAUUUAGUUUUCCAUCGUUUGUCAAUCCGAUCGGCACCAGGAUCUGCAGAAGAGAGAAGAUAAUGUUGAACGUGAACUCUGGUAUCGACAAGGAAAUCUCAUUCAAGAGCAGCAGCCACGGCCUGACGGAGUUAAGGAGAGAAGUUGGCAAAAUUGGGUUUUCGUAUGAAGCACAAGUCAAUACUUGGUCAAUUUCCAACUUCAGUUUCUCUUACUCUGUCUGUUCCGCAGAUUUAUUUGGUGGUGUACUCUUGCAGUCACCAUUUCUGAGAGAUUUCGAGGAAAGGCAAAUGUUCUGUUUGCAUCUCUUCCCUGGAACUAACCAACCUAGGAAGGCUUUUAGGAAGGAGGUGGUAUUUGUAGUUGAUAUCAGUGGGAGCGUGAAAGGAGAUCCUCUUGAAAACACCAAAAAUGCAAUAUUGUCAUCACUAUACAAGCUGAAUCAGGAGGAUUCUUUCAACAUCAUCGCUUUCAACAGGGAAAUGUACUUAUUCUCGCCCUUGAUGGAGCCCGCAACCCCAGAAACAAUAGUCAAGGCUAACCAAUGGCUUAAUGACAAGUUACUUGCAGAAGGGGGUACCAACAUUUUGCCUCCUCUUCAACAGGCCAUGAAGCUCUUGGCUGAAACAUCCAAUUCAAUUCCUCUCAUUUUCCUCGUCACUGAUGGAACCGUUGAGGACGAGAGAGACAUCUGCAAUUUCGUCAAAGCUUCACUUGCUAGUGCAGCAACCGAAACUUCCAUUUCUCCUCGCAUAUGUACAUUUGGUAUAGGUUCAUACUGCAAUCAUUACUUCUUGCAAAUGCUGGCUCAAGUUUCCAAGGGCCAUUUCGAUUGUGCUUUUGAUGCAGAUUCAGUUGAUUCUCAACUACAGAGACUAUUCACGACUGCUUCAUCUGUUCUCAUGGCCAACAUUAGCAUGGACUGCCUGGAACAUCUCGAUUCACUCGAGGUACAUUGUUUCAUUUCGCCAGAAUCCCAUUUUCUUUUCUCUGAUUCUCAUUCACUAAUGCUUCUGACGAAUUCAAAAUGCAGUUGCUUCCAUCUAGUAUCCCGGACCUGACAACUGGAGCUCCAUUGCUAGUGUCUGGGAGAUACGAUGGGACUUUCCCGGAGUCCGUCAAAGUUACAGGGACUUGGGCAGAUAUGACUAAUUUUACUAUGGAUUUGAAAGUGAAAAGAACGAAGGAUUUGCCACUAGAUAGAGUGCUUGCUAGGAGACAGAUCGACUUGCUAACUGCUACGACCUGGCUAUCACAAAGUAAAGAACUUCAGGAGAAGGUUGCCAAAAUGAGCAUACAGAAAGGGAUUCCAUCUGAAUACACCAGUAUGAUUCUGAUUUACACUGACAAAGGAGAGAAACCACCAGAAACCCAUCUAGUAAUGGAGGUAUUCAGCAAACUGAACUCACUCAAGAGCCUGCAGCUGGGGACAGAAUCAGCAGAGAAGCAGAACAUCUACCUAGGAAGCAGCUUAGGCAUUGGUUUCGGCAACCUAGUCGCCACAGCUCGGAACACUCCUCCUGGAACCGAGGAGGGGAAGCAGCCAGACGCCGCAGCGAAGCUGGUGAAUGCUGCUUCCAGCUGCUGUGCCGUGGUGGCCGAUCGCUUAUGUUGCAUGUGCUUCAUCAGGGCUUGCUCGCACACCAGCAACCAGUGCUCCAUCUUGGCGUCACAAAUCUGCGCCGCGCUUGCUUGCUUCGAGUGCAUCAGCUUUUGCUAUGAGAUUUGUGCUUGUGAGUGAGUGAGUGAGUGAGUGAACACAAUUGAAAGGACCAAAAUGAAUGAAUGUGCAGGCUAUUUAUGUUUGUAACUUGUACCAGUAGACAAUGUAAAUCAUCUUCCCAAGUUGGUAUAAAAGAUUGUUAUUGAUAAUUUGAUAUCAAUCAAUGCAAAUACUCUUUGCAUUAA